AAGGAAGGCGGGGGGGGUGUGGAAAAAUAAAGGAAAAGCCCUCUACCAUGUAGACCAGUGGCCCCCCACCCCAUCACCGGCCGGGACCCCCCGUCUGCGGCCAUGAACGCGACCAGCGAGGGCGAGAGCUUCCCCGGCUCCGUGCAAAUUCCUGGGGGCACAACGGUGCUGGUCGAGCUGACCCCCGACAUCCAUAUCUGUGGCAUCUGCAAGCAGCAGUUUAACAACUUGGAUGCCUUCGUAGCUCACAAGCAGAGUGGCUGCCAGCUGACCAGCACGACCGGGGCGGCCCCCAGCACUGUCCAGUUCGUAUCCGAGGAAACGGUGCCAGCCACCCAGACGCAGACCACCACCAGAACCAUCACCUCGGAGACCCAGACCAUCACAGUUUCAGCGCCCGAAUUUGUCUUUGAGCAUGGCUACCAAACGUAUCUGCCCACAGAGAGCAACGAAAACCAGACCACCACUGUCAUCUCUCUGCCCGCCAAGUCACGUGCCAAAAAGCCCUCGGCGCCCCCUGCUCAGAAGAGGCUCAACUGUUGCUACCCAGGUUGCCAAUUCAAGACUGCCUACGGCAUGAAGGACAUGGAGCGUCAUUUAAAAAUCCACACAGGAGACAAACCCCACAAGUGUGAGGUCUGUGGCAAGUGCUUCAGCCGGAAGGACAAGCUGAAGACGCACAUGCGGUGCCACACGGGCGUGAAGCCCUACAAGUGCAAGACGUGCGACUACGCCGCCGCCGACAGCAGCAGCCUCAACAAGCACCUGCGGAUCCACUCGGACGAGCGGCCCUUCAAGUGCCAGGUCUGCCCCUACGCCAGCCGCAACUCCAGCCAGCUCACCGUGCACCUCCGCUCCCACACCGGGGACGCCCCCUUCCAGUGCUGGCUCUGUAGCGCCAAGUUCAAAAUCAGCUCGGACUUGAAAAGGCACAUGCGCGUGCACUCGGGGGAGAAGCCCUUCAAGUGCGAGUUCUGCAAUGUCCGCUGCACCAUGAAGGGAAACCUCAAGUCCCACAUCCGCAUCAAGCACAGCGGGAAUAACUUCAAGUGUCCGCACUGCGACUUCCUGGGGGACAGCAAAGCCACCCUCCGGAAGCACAGCCGGCUGCACCAGGCGGAGCACCCCGAGAAGUGCGCCGAGUGCAGCUACUCCUGCUCCAGCAAGGCGGCGCUGCGCGUGCACGAGCGCAUCCACUGCACCGACCGCCCCUUCAAGUGCGGUUACUGCAGCUUCGACACCAAGCAGCCCAGCAACCUGAGCAAGCACAUGAAGAAGUUCCACGCGGACAAGGUCAAGAGCGAGGCCUCGGAGAGGAAGGACGCGGGCCGCCAGAGCAGCCGGCAGGUGGCCAAGCUGGACGCCAAGAAGACUUUCCACUGUGACAUCUGCGAAGCCUCCUUCAUGCGCGAGGACUCGCUGCGCAGCCACAAGAGGCAGCACAGUGAGUACAACGAGAACAAGAACUCGGAUGUGACCGUCCUGCAGUUUCAGAUCGACCCCAGCAAGCAGCCGGCCGCGCCCCUCGCGGUGGGGCACCUCCAGGUCCCCCUCCAGCCCAGCCCAGUGCCCCCGUUCAGUGAGGGGAGAGUCAAAAUCAUUGUGGGGCAUCAGGUGCCCCAGGCAAACACCAUCGUCCAGGCCGCGGCCGCCGCCGUGAACAUCGUGCCGUCGGCCUUGGUGGCCCAGAACGCAGAGGAGCUGCCCGCGAACAGCCGGCUGCAGAUCCUGCGCCAGGUCAAUCUCAUCGCCCCUCCCCAGCCCGCGGGGUGCCCCAGCGAGGUGGGUGCCAUGACCCAGCCCACUGUCCUGCUGACCACGCAUGACCAGACGGACGGAGCCACCCUGCACCAGACUCUCAUCCCCACGGCCCCAGGCGGCCCCCAGGAAGGCGCUGGCAACCAGACUUUUAUCACCAGCUCCGGCAUCACCUGCACCGACUUUGAAGGCCUUAACGCCCUGAUUCAGGAGGGCACGGCCGAGGUGACUGUGGUGAGCGAUGGGGGCCAGAACAUCGCCGUGGCCACCACGGCCCCACCUAUAUUCUCCUCUUCCCAGCAAGACUUACCUAAGCAGACUUACUCUAUCAUUCAAGGAGGGGCCCACCCAGCUCUGCUCUGCCCAGCGGAUUCCAUACCAGAUUAAAAAACAAAAGAGGGAAGGGGGAGCUUAAAAAAAAUAGGGGGAAAAAUGUGACAAGUCAUACAUAGAAUUCUGCAAGAGGUAUGCCCUUUAUGUUUUUAAACGUUAUUGUGAAAACACCCCCCCAUGAUAAAUUGUAAUUUUAUACUGCCCAUUAUAAUUUUUAAUGCUGUGAUAACUUUGAGACCUCCUCUUGAAUCGCAGUGUUGUAACUGUUGUAGAAUCUUCAAUGUUACCGGGAUAAUUAUGAUUAGAGCUUGGAAUUAAAUGCAUUGAGUAGUGAGUACAUGUGUCUCCAACUUCGUUUCCCAACUCUAAUAAAGGUUUUCUCCAUCUCAUUAAACUUGUGGAGUAGAUGGUACUUCCCAGCCUCUCACAUGCCAUUCUGAAACACCCCCAGAAUACAUGGCUACAAAUCUAUGGUAUGAAGGGCCAUUUUCUACAUAAUGUUACAUGGGUAUUUGACACCC